GAUCCGGAGCCAUUUGGAAAAUGGUUGGGGAUUUUCAAUGGAACCAAAGAGGCCACCAAGUGUUUGCAAGUAAAUGAAUUUUUGCCCGGAAAUCAAGUCGAGGGCUCUGAGGACUGUUUGUAUUUGAAUGUCUACACGCCUUCACGCAAUGGUGUAGGGUACCCUGUCAUGGUUUUUAUACAUGGCGGGGGUUUUGUUGGUGGAGCUGCAACCAGUGACCUCUACGGACCGGAUAAAUUGUUGCUCACCAAGGACAUUAUUCUAGUUACAAUCCAUUAUCGACUAGGAUUCCUCGGGUUCGCAAGUUUGGAUGAUGUAGACUUUGCUGGAAACUAUGGCCUGAAAGAUCAGUCGCUGGCUCUGAAGUGGGUGAAGGAGAACAUUGCUAAAUUCGGAGGAGAUGGUGACAAGGUGACUGUGGUGGGGGAGAGUGCGGGCGCCGCCAGUGCUCACUUCCACAUUCUAUCGCCGCAAAGUCAAGGGCUCGUUCAAAGGGCUAUCUUGUUGAGUGGAACGGCUGAUUGUCCAUGGGCAGUGAAA